AUGACUGAUGCAAAAGACGGCGUUUCACUGUUCGAUCACGCGUCUGGCACUGCCGUUGCUCCUGCUGACACUGCUCCCGCUCUUGACCGCUCACAGUGGCAGACUCGCGAUGCUGCUGCGCGCCUCGCUAUCCGCAACCAUUUGCCGAUCACUGAGCGCGCGCAUUUUAGCCAGCACAAGACUGCUAAGGCACUUUCUAUCAGAGACCACUUCCUCGCCAAAGACCCUACCACUCUCACUCUAGCCGACUUCGAGCAGCAGCUCCUAGCAGCAGAAAAGAACAUCCUCGCUGUAGGUGCUGCUCGUGGCACUCCUCGCACUCCCCUCUUUGAGGGGUGCUCCCCCUCCCCCCUUGCCCCCUCCUACGCCUCUGCUGCUGCUGCCGUCGACCUCCUCGGUGCUGAGAAGGUCGCAGCUGCUUCUGCUCCUAGUGGGAGGCGCAGCGGCAAGGGCGGCAAGGGUGGCAGGGGUGGUGGAGGUGGCGGUGGAGGGAGCGGUGGUGGAGGCGGCGGGGGUGGUGGAGGUGGUGGGGGUGGUCGUGGGGGUGGAGGGGGUGGGUGGGGUGGUGGUGGGACCGGGAGUGGUGGGGGAGGCAGCGGCGGUGGUGGGGGUGGUGGCAGCGGUGGUGGUGGAGGGGGUGGAGGCCAAGGGCAGCAGCCGCAGCAGCAGCAGCAGCAGCAGCAGCAGCAGCAGCAGCAGCCGCAGCAGCCACAGCAGCAGCAGCAGCGUCAGCGCCAGACCCCCACGUCUCAGCAGUUUUAUGACUGGUAUGCGCAGCGUGGGGCGUCUGGGGGUCCUGGUCGCUGCCCCUAUGUCAUUCGCGCCGGUCCCCGCGCUGGUCGCCCAUGCAACGGCUUUCACACUGAGUACCGUUGUUUCGCUCGGCUUAGCGACGCCUGGCGCGCCAAGUUUCCUGAGGCUACUGAGUUCCCCAACUGGGCAGACCUGCUUAGGCGUGAUGUUCCUAUCUUUGAUCUUGACUAUGAUGCAAUCCUUGCUGCCAUGUAUGCAUUGACUGUUAGUGCUGAGGGUGACUGCUACUUGUGUGUCCCGCCUGACCCAGGUAUAGAGACUGCAGCCCUAGGUGCUAGUGAGUCUGCUCUCUCUGGUACUGCGCCUGCUGAGGCCUUGCACACCUUCACGCUUGACUCAGGUGCUUCCCACUGUUUCAUUCGCGACAGCACCACUGUCACUCCCCUCCAUGCACCUGUCCCUGUCGCACUGGUUGACCCCUCUGGGGGCCCAGUGCUUGCACGGUCCACCACUGUGCUCCCGUGUCCGGCGGUCCCGUCUGGUGAGCUGUCAGGUCUCCACAUCCCCUCGUUCUCUACGAACCUGUGCGCCGCUCCUCACUCCUCCUCGUUCCCUCCCACAGAGGCUCCACUGCAGACUCUCCACCUGGACGUGUGGGGCCCAGCCCGCGUCCAGGAGCAGGGCCGCAAGCGGUACUUCCUGCUGGUCGUCGACGACUACACGCGUUACACCACGGUCUUCCCCUUGCGCAGCAAGGGGCAGGUCCCUGAUGUUUUGAUCCCCUGGAUCCGCGCUGUUCGUCUCCAGCUCCGCGAGCGGUUUGGGACGGAGUUUCCCGUCCUGCGUCUGCACUCUGACAGAGGUGGUGAGUUCUCCUCCGACCUCUUGCGAGCUUUCUGUGAGGAGCACGGCAUCCGCCAGUCGUUCACGCUUCCGGCCUCUCCACAGCAGAAUGGGGUUGCUGAGCGCCGCAUUGGCUUAGUCAUGGAGGUUGCUCGUACCUCCAUGAUCUAUUCAGCUGCCCCCCAUUUUCUGUGGCCGUUUGCGGUCCGGUACGCCGCGCAUCAGCUCAACCUCUGGCCCCGUGUCUCCUUGCCGGAGACCUCGCCCACACUGUUGUGGACGGGGGAGGUUGGCGAUGCGUCGCGCUUCCGGGUCUGGGGUGCCCGUGCCUUUGUCCGCGAUACCACCGCGGACAAGCUCUCCGCUCGUGCCAUUCCCUGCGUCUUCCUUGGUUUUCCUCCUGACGCGCCUGGCUGGCAGUUCUACGACCCCACCUCGCGCCGUGUCUUUGCGUCUCAGGACGUCACCUUCGACGAGUCGGUCCCCUUCUACCGUCUCUUUCCCUACCGCACUGCCGCUCGCCCCCCCCCUCCGCUCUUUCUCGCUCCAGGUCCUCCCCAGGUAGACCCCCUCCCCGCUCCAGGUCCUGCUCCUUCAGGUGUUUCUCAGGUAGACCCUCCUGUGCGUGAGCUUGUGGAGGUCACUGGUGGCUCAGGUCCUACUCGGGGUGCUGAGCCUAGGGGUGCUAGGUCUGGCGGUGCGGAGCCUGAGCGUGAGGAGCCUGCGUCUGGGGGUGCUGCGUCUGGGGGUGCUGAGCUUGCGGGUGCUGCGCGUGGGGGUGCUGAGCCUGAGCGGGAGGAGCCUAGGGGUGCUGAGCCUACGGGUACUGAGUCUGGGGGUGCCGAGCCUGCGCGAGAGGAACCUGGAGGUACUACGCCUGAGGGUGCUGAGUCUGGGGGUGCUGAGCCUGCGCGUGAGGAGCCUGGGGGUGCUGAGUCUGGAGGUGCUGAGCCUGGGGGUGCUGAGUCUGGAGGUGUUGAGCCUGGAGUGGCCGCCUUCGUCCGCGUGCGCCUCUCUCCCCACAGCAGCUGCACGAGUGGUACGCUCGCCGUCAAGGUCGCGCUGCUGGGGCUUGGGGCUCUGCCGCUGGAGGCGCUGCUGCUGACACUAGCGCUGGGAGUGCUGCGGGUACUUUGUCUGCAGGGGGUACUGGAGCCCCUCGACCAGGAGGUGCUCGUACUGGAGGUACUAGAGCUGCUGGGGCUGGAGUUGCUACGUCUGGGGGUGCUGCUGCUGGUGACGCUGGUACUGGCGGUGCUGGCGCUGGAGGUUCUGCGGCUGCUAGUGGUGCUGGCGCUCGAGGAGCUGGAGCAGAAGGGUCUGGAGCUGCUGGAGGUUCUGGUGCUGCAGGAGGCGCUAGAGCUGCUGGUGCUGGUGACACUGAUCUCACUAUAG